AUGCAGAAAAGAGCAAGGAUAUUGGACAAUAAAAACAUGAAAAGACUGCACAUUAACCGACGCGGCAGGUCCGAUAUUAAUCAGAGGUUCGCAUCUUGCCGAAAAAAAAGAGCCGAACCUUGUUUUAUUUUCAGUGGAACGCCGUCAUUUUUGUACGUUCGAAUGCUGCUCACGUGGAUGUCGAUGGUCGUGCUGGAUGCGGUGACCGGCUUCCGAUUCGAGUUGCUGUGGCCGAUGUGGCUGCUGCUGCGCGCGAUCGCCGAGUCGAUUCAGAUGAGAAAUCAGCACUGCGUCACCACGAUCGCCAGUCCGGCCGCAGCGGUAUGCACUUCUUCUGAAUGAGGCUAAUCACGCUCUAUCGCUCAUGUCGCAACUUUUGAGCAGCAUUUGCGUAACUUUCACGCAACUUCAGAAGAAAAGUUGUGUAAUGUUUGCGUAAAAGUGUUUUUCUCCGAAGAUUUUCAUCGAACAUUCGGAAUAUUCAGGCGUUGGUUGAUUUUCGACAAGUCGGGGUAAAAAUUGGUGAUAAACCAGUUGAGCCGCCUGAUUAGCGCAUUCCUUCGCACAGACGAAAUCAGAAAGUUUUGCAGAAGGUGUCAAUACUGUUCGUGUGCAUGACGGCCACUUCGGACCUCAUUUGUUACCUGUUCAUACCGUUCCGAAUGCUCAUUUUUCUGGCGACGACGUACGUCUGGAUGAAUGUUUACUGUCACGCACAAGGCGGAUUCCUCAGGACAAUCGCCACGUUAUACGGUUCGUCGGAAAGUGAAAGGGGGUGUGAAGGCCGAUUAAAGAGCAGAUUAUGGGUGUUCUCAAAGCUGUUGUUUAUCAGUGGGAAGAAAUUCGGAGAAAACGAAAAUAAAUUUAAUUUUCCAGGCGGCGAGCGGUCACAAUCGUGGGCGAUUCUAUUCAUCAUGUCGUUUAUAGUCGCAUUCGAAUUGUUCGUCAGGAUUCGGUUAGUAUUUUACUCGAUUUCUUGCCUAGCACUUACCAUCUUCUUGACAAGCUUCUUUUUUAGAAUCACAAAGUUCGACUAUAUAUUUUUGUUCAGAAGUCAUCCCCUCCUUCUGAGCAUCUUCCCAAUAUGUGAGUAUUUAAUUUCGGACCAAUCAUCCGAUGGUCUCUGUUUCAGUUUCAAUAACAGAAUGGGCUGGAAUCCCGCCGAUCUGGCCACGCAGUCUCAACAAGAUGUUCGCGUCGCACUGCAUCGGCUAUCCGAUCGUUCUGGUCACAGUUUCAUUACACUAUUAUUUGAAGUGAGUUCUCGCUCCAUUGAACUCGCCGCUCAAAUAUUCGUUCAGUGAAUGGAAGUUGCGACGGAAACAGGGCGACGUGUCGAAUAGGAACGAGCAACUUUUCCGGAUACUCGUCGAGAGUCUUCCGGCCGAAUACGAAGGUCCCAAGGACUACACGGCUUCGAGUUGUCUAGACGAAAACGGCGAAAUGUACUACCUGGACCCGCUGCCGAGUUCACAGCCGAUGCAGGCGAUCGCAGCCGCACCGCCGACAGCGACGCCGCCGACAAAAAAGAACGGAAGUGUGCACAAGAUGGCGUCGUCGAAAAAGAAGAAGAACGGGGCGUACAAUUCGACGCCGCCGAACGACAAGAAGAAGGGAAAAUCGAUACGAAGCGAGGCGGAUUUAGACGACAACGACGACUCGGACGCCGACGACUACUCGUGGCGCGAGGACGACAAGAAGGGCGGCGUAUGGAUUAUUCGCACGCUUUUCGAUGUCAUCGCCUGGGCGUUUUGCGUGCUUUUCACUGUGAGUUCCCGUGGUCACAUACAAAUUUAAGUCAGAACCGACUUUUCUUUUUUCUUCUCCCCUUAUGAACCCGUCAAACUACCAGCUAUCAAUGAUCUAGUGCUCAAAAUGACUUGAUUCUUGCAACGAGAAAUUGGAAAACCGUCAUUUUUAUUAAAAACAUCUGAGCAACACAGUCUGAUUCCAGGGCGUAUCAUCAGCAGCAACACACAAGAAAUCACCACCUCCACCUCCGCCAGCACCGCGACGGUUGACAGAAGAGGAAGACGAAGAGGAAUCGACACUCGGCGAUGAAGUUCUGUUCGAGAAAAAGAACGGACGGACGGACUCUUUGACGGUGACGACGACGAAGAGCCGCGCGAAUACGAUGCCGUCGUCGACGCGGACUCAGAACAACAAUCAGAACAAGGCAAAGAACGGGAAGCCGAGCCAUCAUCACCAUCAGAACAACCAUCAGAAGACGAACGGACAGGCAAACGGACACGCGAGAACGACGGCGGCAACGGCGAUUCGGGACAGUUCACAUGACACGAAUGCGAGCAAUGAAGCUGAUAUUCGGAGGUAUUCAUAGUUUAUCACCUGCUUAUUCAAAUGACUGAUUUUGCAGCAUGACGCGAGAGCUGGAGACUCUCCGCGCGGAGCUUUCGUCGCGUCGGAGCCUCGAAGACGACUUCAGACUGCAGAUUUCAAUGCGCGAAUCGAACGAAUCCCGCCUUUCGCAGCAGUUGUCGAACAUGAAACUAAAGGUAGAGCAGAUGGAGAUAAAAUGCUCGACGCUCGAACGGCAUCGUGAAUCGGACAAAUCGCAGUUGGAGCAGGCGGAGCGGAAGUACGCGGACAUUCUCGGAAAGAAAACGGAGAUCGAGGCGACGUUGAGUGCGGAGCGGAAGGCGCGCAACGAAAGCGCCGGCAAGAAGAUCGACGUGGCCGAGCACCAGCGGGAACGCGAGCGACAACUCGAAUCGGAGAUCGACAAACUGCGCGCUGAGCUCAAAUCGAAAGAGGAGUCGGCGUUGCGGACGGAGAGCGAGCUGAGCAGUCUGCGCAACUACAAAGAAGAGAACGACAUCGAGGCGAUCAACAUGGAACUGCGGCUGGUGCGCGAGAAAUCGCAGCAGAUGGAGGAGUCGUUGGCCGGAGAGAACAAGCUGAAGCAGUCGCUUUUCAAGUGUCUCGGCGACGCGCGCGAUACUAUCAAACAGCUCGAGAAGCAGAUUGUCGAUUUGAGGGGAAAGGGCGGGAGUGCGAAGGACGAGCCGCUGAUGAUGAACGGACACGCGGCGGAGACGAACAAUGAUAACGAUACGGUGAGAAGAAUCAAGAAUGAGGCGGGUUUCUAUCGUGAAGAUGAGGUUUAUACGUUGAAAAUUCACAAAAAGUCAUUUUUCGGAAGAUUUUUCGAACAUGAAACAUUUGAAUAAUCUCAGUCACAUAGUGUCCGAAAACCGUGGAAGAUGCAUAAAAUCCUAUAACAUACCCUGUGUCAGACCGCUUCCGACCAAUCGUCACCAAACCAGCACUCGGCGAUGGCCUCCCCGGUCCCGUCCGCCAAAAUGCCGCUCACCGUGAACGUCUCCAACCGCGGCGGAUCGCCCCCGUUCGAGAAGAUCUCUCCCCCGAUGGCCGCGAUGAUGCUCGGCGCCCAACCACCCCCGGACUACCUGGCUGCUGUCGGAGCAGCGGCAGCAGCAGCAGCCGUGGCCGCGCAGAAGCAGGCGUGCGGGUACUCCACCAUCAGGUGAGUGCCAUUUCGAAGAGAGCCAUCCGAAAUGAACGCCUUUUCUGCAGAUACAACGAAUUCAAGCACAUGCCGACCGGAGAGCACCGUCUGUUCGACACCGGACCGUUGGCGCACUCGGCACCCUCGCCCACCGGCUCGAACCCGGACGACGACUUUCUGCUGAGCAACAAGGGAAAGUUCGGCGCUCCGUCGAAUCCGGCCACUCGUCUCGCCUGA